CGAGCGCAGCGGGGACAGCUCAGUGCGAGCCGGGGAGGGUCCGAACCCGGAGCAGGAUCCGAGCGCGGGGCGGCAGUGAGAGGGCGGGCGCGGAGCAGCGCACGGGCGGACCGGCGGCGAGAUGUUCAGCUGGAUGGGGCGGCAGGCGGGCGGGCGCGAGCGCGCAGGCGGCAUGGACGCCGUGCAGACCGUGACGGGCGGCCUGCGCUCGCUCUACCUGCGCAAGGUGCUGCCGCUGGAGGAGGCGUACCGCUUCCACGAGUUCCACUCGCCUGCGCUGGAGGACGCCGACUUCGAAAACAAGCCCAUGAUCCUCCUGGUGGGCCAGUACAGCACAGGCAAGACCACCUUCAUCAGAUACUUAUUGGAGCAAGAUUUCCCCGGCAUGAGGAUUGGUCCAGAGCCCACCACCGAUUCCUUCAUCGCCGUGAUGUACGGGGAGACGGAGGGCAGCACCCCAGGGAAUGCUCUAGUCGUGGACCCCAAAAAGCCGUUUCGAAAGCUUAGUCGCUUUGGAAAUGCUUUCCUGAAUCGAUUCAUGUGCUCCCAGCUGCCCAAUCAGGUCUUGAAGAGCAUCAGCAUCAUCGACAGCCCUGGGAUCCUGUCUGGGGAGAAGCAGCGCAUCAGCCGAGGGUACGACUUCUGCCAGGUCCUGCAGUGGUUCGCUGAACGGGUCGACAGGAUCAUCUUGCUCUUCGAUGCUCACAAACUGGACAUCUCGGACGAGUUCUCGGAGGCCAUCAAGGCCUUCCGGGGCCAGGACGACAAGAUCCGCGUGGUGCUGAACAAGGCCGACCAGGUGGACACGCAGCAGCUGAUGCGGGUCUACGGGGCCCUCAUGUGGUCCCUGGGCAAGGUCAUCAACACGCCCGAGGUGCUGCGCGUCUACAUUGGCUCCUUCUGGGCGCAGCCCCUGCAGAACACUGACAACCGCCGGCUCUUCGAGGCCGAGGCCCAGGACCUCUUCAGGGACAUCCAGAGCCUUCCUCAGAAGGCGGCGGUGCGCAAACUCAAUGACCUCAUCAAGCGAGCGAGGCUGGCCAAGGUACAUGCCUACAUCAUCAGCUACCUGAAGAAGGAGAUGCCCAGCGUAUUUGGAAAGGAAAACAAGAAGAGAGAGCUCAUCAGCAGGUUGCCAGAAAUCUACAUCCAGCUGCAGCGGGAGUACCAGAUUUCCGCCGGGGACUUCCCCGAGGUCAAGGCCAUGCAGGAACAGCUUGAGAACUACGACUUCACCAAAUUCCACUCGCUGAAGCCCAAGCUGAUCGAGGCCGUGGACAACAUGCUGAGCAACAAGAUCUCGUCCCUGAUGAGCCUCAUCAGCCAGGAGGAGAUGAGCAUGCCCACGCAGCUCGUGCAGGGCGGUGCCUUCGACGGCACCGCCGAGGGCCCCUUCAACCAAGGCUACGGGGAGGGCGCCAAGGAGGGCGCCGACGAGGAGGAGUGGGUGGUGGCCAAAGACAAGCCCAUCUACGACGAGCUCUUCUACACCCUGUCGCCCAUCAAUGGCAAGAUAUCGGGCGUCAACGCCAAGAAGGAGAUGGUGACCUCCAAGCUGCCCAACAGCGUCCUGGGCAAGAUCUGGAAGCUGGCCGACUGUGACUGUGAUGGCAUGCUGGACGAGGAGGAGUUCGCACUGGCCAAGCACCUCAUCAAGAUCAAGCUCGACGGCUACGAGCUGCCCAACAGCCUGCCCCCCCACCUCGUGCCUCCCUCUCACAGGAAGUCCCUGCCCUGAGGGGCAGGCCGCACACGGGGUGGGGGGUGGGAAGUGGGGGACCUGGGCCUGAGGCCCACACUGCCGUUGACUCACUGAGUGACCCUGGGCAAGGCACUGCCCUCUCUGUGCCUCCAUUUCCCCAUCUGUAGAAUGGGGAGGGCAGACACUGGACACUAGAUGAGGUCCUUUCACCUCUAAAAUUUCCUGAGUUUCUAUUAUAAUAUUGGAGAGAGGGGCUGGAUAAGGAGAUUGAAGGGUUGAGAAGAAAGAGAAAUUAACCAAAGAGUACUGAGAUGUCCGGGGAGGUGCAGAUGGGGAGGUGGGCUUUGUGGAAUCCCAGAGCCACGGGGAGCGAGCUGGGGGCUCUGCUGGGGCAGCCGAGGCUGCUGGGCUUCCCUGGACCACUCAUCAUCGUGAACCUCUCUGUCCCUCAGAGGGCACUGGGAGGGAGCAAAGAUGAUCUUAUUUGUUUCCUGCUAUAGUCAGAGUGGAAAAAAACAGAGCAGAGAGGGUUUCUGUUCUGUCCAAACUCUGCCAAAGAGAAGGAGACUGCUGCCCCAGGUUUGAAAGGAGGAGGCGCGAUGUCUGGGUGCCCCCCGUCCCUUCUGCAGCCUCGAGCAGAACACGCCGCCCAGCCAGCAACAGCCACUGUCCCAGCACCCCCUGACCAGCCCUCCCAGGGCCCCCUGACCCGGGCCCGCCCAGCAAAGUUGUAUGCGGGUAGGAAUUUGGAACUCACAGCCUUUAUUAACCCCUGGCAAGAUUUCUAGUAUUCAAGUCAUGUUGAAGUCUGAAGAUUAGCUUUUCUUACUGGCCUGUCCAAUACUAUGUAGCAACGUCUAUGUAUCAUACUUAAUGACAGUAAGGAGAAGACGUGGCUCUCCUCAGGCCUCAGUUAGUGCAGUUCCCUGUCCCUAGGUCUCCUUGGUUGACGGCAGGAUUUAAAUUAAGCAAAAACACGUCUUGGUGUGUGCUGUGUCCUGGGCCUGUGGACACAAAGGGGAAAGAGAGGCCAGCCUGCCCCGGGCUGUCAGGUAGAAAACAUCAGUCUACAAGCAUUAGACACUAUUUUUAUAAAAAAUAGGCAUUUUUAUUAUGUCCAGUUUUUUUCUUACAUAAAAGCCUUUAUACAGAAACGGGAUAGACUAUUUCAUAUAAAACCUUUUCUUCGAAAGGCUGUGCAGUUGGUAUCAUGAAUGCCCAUCGCAAGGCAGGAUUUGGGGACGUACCUGGACACUGGCUCCUGAGGGAGGGUCUUCCCCCAUGUAAACCUCUCUGGACUGCUCGCUCAAGUGCCUGGGUCUAGUGGAGGGGCUGAUGGUCACUGCCACCCUCCCUGACGUGUGGGCUCCAGCUUGGGGAUGCACAUGCCUUUCACCAGUAUUUAUGCAAUAAAAGACAAAAGGAUGACAGCUGAUGGCAUGGGGCCCUGCGGCAUCAGAAAUGAAUGAAACCAGAACAGGUCCACCUGGGCCUUCCAAAACUACAUAUUUUUUUUUUCUGAUGUCCCCUGUGACAUCAGGGUCAGAAGUGCAGACUUAGGGAAGAUUUUUCUUUUAGAGAAGCAGUUAUCCAGAUGCCAGCCCUCACCCUCCCAAGCUCACUUUCUAAGUCAUUUUAAGAGAAGUAAAUGCAUAAUAUGGUUUUUAAUCUUAAUAAGCACUUUUAAAUUAAUUAGACACAUAGAAAAAAGACGUUUGUAAUUCCAGUACUGUAAUAUGAGCAGAUAGUUCUGUGAACGCCUGAUGACUGCACAGUGAAGUCCACCGCAGGGCAAAUAGAGAAGAGAGUUCAUUUGUCCAAAGGUUUAGAGAUGCCAAGGUAGCUGGUUUUCCAUUCAGAAUUAUCUUGUUCCCUUAACUCAAUAGUCAUUUAUAAACAUCAAUUGUCAUAUAUAAAGAUAAAUAUAUACACAUACGUAUAUCACAUGAGUAUGUAUUUUUGACACUUGUCAACGUGUGUCUAUGUAGAUAUGGCCAAGUUUUGUCUACGUAGAGACGUAGGAAAGCUGUCUUAGAGGGCCAGCAGACUGUUUCUGGUUUCUACGUGGAAGGAAACCUCUCAUGGUGUGACCCCUACCCCCAUGCCCUCAGGUGGGAGAAUGUCUGGCAGCUGAAUCCUUUCCCUGCUGGGGGGAAGAAAAAAAAGUCAUGUGUCCAUUUUUCUUAAUUUCUUCUCUUACGACAUGAAGUCAUUCAUCAUGAAAAGUUGAUUGGAAAGAAAAACGCUGGAAAAUAUUAUGAGGGAUGGCGGCCAAGUGAGGACCCGUAUCUUCCCAGGACCCACACAGAGUUCCUUGGGUCUGUGUCCAUAGCACCCCCACCUUGUCCCCCCGCAGUGGGGUGGCCGAGCCCUCUCGGAGCUGUUCCCCUUGACCGGCCAUGUUGCCCCUUACACCCCAGUUUUCAAAGUGCCCUUCCCCAGAGUGUUUACGGAUGGGCAGGAGGGUGGAAGUAGAUGAACUCUAGCUCUGUGAAACUAUCUUCAUGCUCUCCAUGGUUCCACAGGAGAAAAGCUAAGGAUCUUGAAUCUAUUUUCUACACAGCACAUGUAUGGCAUGACACAAACUUCUGCAGCCUUGAGUUUAGGGGAGAAAAAUGAAAACUUCAGCCUACUUCUCCCAGAGUCGUCUUCCUAGUUGUCAGCCUGGUAAUGAGGCCCUCUUGAACCUACCUGUAAGGAAAUGUCGCCCUAAGACCUGCCGAAGCCCUAGCUCCAGGGUCCCACGCAGCCGUCCAGCCUGCCUCGGCCUCAUGCCCCAGCCCGGCCUGGGAUGUGGACUCUUUCCUUGCUGCGCGCUUGCAUGGCCCAGGACGGGGUCACUCUUCCAUGGGGAGGCCGUUCAUUCAGUUGGCUCUCGCUUCUUCAGGGCGGGGCUGGGUUCUCUCUGGGACAUGUUACACAGCAAUAGCACCUUUGGAUUUGGGGCAAUGUUCCUCCCACAGGAUGGUGGGCUGGAGGAGCUGGAUUCUGUGUCAUGGGACUCAGUGUCCAGGUGGGCCAGAGAGCAUGCAAGGAGAAGCAAAAUGCCUCCUGCUCUCCCCUAACACUGCCCCCGCCCCCAUUACCAGCCUGCAGGAGAGGCCUCGGCAAAGCCCUGGCCCCACUGCCCUGACCACAGCCCUUUCUGCUGUCCGCUGGGUCUCCUAAGGAGCCCCGCCCACCACACCGGGAAAGUCUUAUACUGGAGUCCAGCGCCCAGGGUGGGGUUUCACCACCAGAGUCAUGGCCUGACAGCCCCAGGUGGACCUGUCCACUUUGCACCUUACACUCUGUCAUAAUGCCCUCGGCACCUUGCCUUGAAGAUGGGGAGAGCGUUUCGCAGAGGCACUGUUGAUUUCCUCCAGGGAGUGUGGCAGAAGAACAUUCUUAGGACAGAUAACCACUGAGUUUAUUCAGAUAAACGUGGGUCUAAUUUCAGAGUGUAUCAGAUUACAUGUCAAUUAGCCGAUGCGGUUAAUACACAGUGCUUCUAUUUUUUUGUAAUCUUGUUUUGAAGUGUCAAACAAACAGGAUGCAGUCUACUGAUCAAUAAACUUCUGGAAAAAUCAGACCUUCA